AUGACCACGGCGAGGACAACGGAGCCCAGGGCAAUCUUGGGAAACCACCAGACCGGCAGCUUCGUGAAGGGGGUCGUCGAAGCCGACGUAGACAGAGGUCCCGUCGUCCGUGAUGUGGUACAGAUGCCGGCCGCCCUCGCGGAUCUCAGCCCUGGACAGAGACGACGCGACGCUUUUCAGUCCCGCGGUCGAGGCCGCAGACUUCAUCAUGAACCUGUAGGCUCGGAGGGGAUGCCGCCACGCGUCGAGGACGACGAAAACCACGGUCAGCGGGUAAAGGCGAAGAAUCCACUGCUGCCACGUUCAUAUCAGGAGACCACUGUGAGCGGUCACAUCUGCCGAAACGCGCCGUUCUUUUCGAGGACGUAUCCGAUCCGGGCAGAGGAGGGCGCGGACGAGGGCGCAGAUCCUGCCAGACCUGCUGGCUGA